AGAGCGGGACGCCGGGCGGGGGUAUGACGUCACGGCUCGGCGCGCGGCGCCGCAGUGCGGGCAGUGGGACACGCGCUCACCUGCGCGCACAUCUGGGCUUACCUGCGCGCACAUCUGGGCACACCUGCGCACGCCUGCGUUCACCUGCGCCCGCCUGAGCUGCCCUGCGCCAUGGUUCGGUUCGGGCUGACGGUCGUGCGGCAUGGAGAAACAAGAUACAACAAAGACAAGAUACUGCAAGGUCAAGGAGUGGAUGAGCCACUCUCUGCAACUGGUUUUAGACAAGCAGAUGCUGCUGGUUUAUUUCUCAGUAAUGUGAAGUUUACCCAUGUCUUUUCAAGUGACCUCCUUCGAGCAAAGCAGACCGCUGCUGCCAUUCUAGGGAAAAACAAGUUUUGCAAAGAUUUGGAAAUCAAGUAUGAUGCAAGACUACGAGAGAGAAAAUAUGGUGUUGCAGAAGGAAGGCCUUUGGCUGACCUCAAGGCUAUGGCAAAGGAUGCUGGAGAGCAAUGUCCUUCAUUCACACCUUCUGGAGGAGAAACACUGGAUGAAGUGAGAGAGCGUGCGAGGGAUUUUUUUGAAUUCCUGUGCCAGCUGGUUGUUGAGUUGGAGCAGAAGGAGCACGGCAAGUCUGGUGCCCCAGGCAGGAGCUCAGGAACAUCUGAACAGUUUGUUUUCCCUUGGACAAACCACUGCAGUGAGGCGGAGCCGAGCUCUGAGGGCAGCGGAUCUUCCACCAUAUUAGAUGCCAAUAUUUUGGUGGUGAGUCAUGGAGCCUACAUGAGGAACUGGAUUGGCUAUUUUGUUUCAGAUCUCAACUGUACCUUACCAGCAAAUUUAAGCAAGUCCCAGCUGUCUUCUGUCAGUCCCAAUACCGGAGUCAGUCAUUUCAUUAUCACACUUGAAAAUGGGAGUUUGUUAAACCCCAAAAUCACAUGUGUAUGUCUUAACCAAGACUCUCACUUAGUGGACGUGGGAGCUGAAUGUGUAGCUUCAAAAGUGUUUUAAGAAUCUCUGUGAGGGUAAAGUGGUAUUAAAUCACAAUUUUGCUAAGCUUGGGAAAAGUAUCUGUAGUAAUUACUGGGAUUGACUGGAAUUGCUGACACUAAAUUGCAAAAAGGGAAACAUGCAACUGCUUGCCAUCUUAAAAACCACAAUUUGCAUGGUCCUAGUGCCCAGUAUAAGUUGGCAGUAGCAAAAUAAAACAAAUAUUCUCUGUUCUCAGAAACAAUACUUGCAGUCACUUGCAUAUCUGCUCCUACAGCACAUAUUUAAAACAACUCCUUUGCAUUACUCCAUAAUUAUUUUGCUUACCUCCAAGUGAAAGGGUUGGGAAGGGGAGAAGAGUGGUACCUCAAAGAUGAGCUAUACUAUGUUCUUGUUUUAUUACAAAAUGCUAUAUUGUAAUAUGAAACAUACGUGUUGUCUUAAAAUAAAUUUUAGAAUGCAAUAGUAGAACCUAGAAAGGAGCUUUGCCCAGUGGGAAAGGUUUGGUGCAGAGCCAGGGGACGUGACUCUGAUGCUGAAUACCUGUGGGACUCCGGGCAAGUCUCCUUUCCAUUUGUAAAGCGGGAAUGAUGAUAAACCUACCUCGCCAGGAGUACUUCCUAAGAAAUUGUUCAGGUUGUUGAGAUCUCUGUGGAAGAGCACUGUACACAAACACAGAGUAUUUAUUUUUAGCUAUGAGCAGAAUAAGGAACCUCGUGUGCAUGAAGUAAUGGUCUCUUUUCUGGAAAAGGAACUUUCUCUCUGGGGUGAGUUGUACCUGACUGGAAUCCUUCUGUCAGCUGCAGUCACGCACUUGAUUCUAUGAGUAUUUUUGCCUAGAAUGAGGCAAGUUUGAUUGUUUGGUGAUUGUUGGUGUUAAUACUGCAUUCUUUCCCCACUGGGGUGUUUGUGGUGUUACAGUGUGAGGUUAUCUGGUUUAUGUUAUUUAUAAGAUUCACGUAUUUUUUCUUCAUUUGCAUAUUUUAAACCUGUUUUAAAAAAUAAAAAAUUAAAGGCUCCUGAAUAGAACUCCCA